GGUUCCCCGGCCACUGGGGUCCCCUGAUGUCCCCAUCCCUCCCCUCCACAGGCACUGGUUGGCGGGGGCGUACCCCCAAUUUGCCGUCCCCUACUUCAUCUACGACGUCUACGCCAUGUUCCUGUGUCACUGGCACCGGGGACGGGUGAAGGGACACGAAGUGGCGCCUCCCCCGUCCCUGAGGGCGGCCGCUGGCGCCUACCUGCGCAAGGACUUCCUCAUGGUGCUCCACCACGCCGCCAUGGUGCUCGUCUGCUUCCCGGUGGCCACCCUGUGGCGCCAGGGGAAGGGUGACUUCUUCUUGGGGUGUCUCCUGAUGGCCGAGCUCAGCACCCCCUUCGUCUGCCUCGGCAAGGUCCUCAUCCUGUACCAGCGCCAACACACGGCUCUCCACAAACUCAACGGGGUGGCCCUCCUCCUCACCUUCCUCCUCUGCCGCGUCCUCCUCUUCCCCUACCUCUACUGGGCCUACGGCCGCCACCGGGGACUUCCUACCAACUGGUUCCCGCUCGCCCCUCCCAGUACGGAGGGCGUCCCACGUCCCACCCAAGGUCUUUCUCCAGAGCUUCGGUGGCCCUCGUGGUGGCUCCUCCUCGGUGGCCUCCGGGUGGCACUUACACCCCGAGAAGGUCUCGAGGGCCACCGUGGGGUGACGGAGGAGAAGACCUCUCCCAUGGGGACAGCCCAACCCGGAGGUGACACCCACCGGGGGAGGAGAAGCCGAGAGGGUGAAGGGGGUGGAGAUGGUGUGGUCAAAGGUCACCUUAAGGUGGAGACCACCUCUGGUGUCCCCGUCCCCCCCUCCCCCAAAGCUCUCCGGGGUCUUCUCUCCCAGUCCGGUGGCCCAGUUGGGAUGGUGGGGGGCACUCAAGACCACCCAACCAUGGAGAACGUCCACCUCCUCGCUGGUGGACCACUGGGGAGAACACUGAAGUUCUCAAGAACUUGGUUGCUUCAGUCUUCGCCGGUGACCACCAUCGACCUCCAGGGGGAGAUCUGCUCCUCCAUGGACAUCUGUGGGCCACUGGUGGAGAUCUGCUCCAUUGUGGACCUCCAGGGGGAGAUCUGCUCCUCCGUGGACAUCUGUGGGCCACUGGUGGAGAUCUGCUCCAUUGUGGACCUCCAGGGGGAGAUCUGCUCCUCCGUGGACAUCUGUGGGCCACUGGUGGAGAUCUGCUCCAUUGUGGACCUCCAGGGGGAGAUCUGCUCCUCCAUGGACAUCUGUGGGUCACUGGUGGAGAUCUGCUCCACUGUGGACCUCUGUGGGCUGUAG